AACGGAACGCCGAAAUAAGUCUGCUAAUAUUAUUUGUAAACAUUACGAAUCUCGAGUAAAAAAUAUAUUAAAAUGACGCUAAAUCCAUUAUCAAAUCCAAAAGGUGUUAAGCUGUUAUGUGAACUUUGCCAGAAACCAGCUUUUGUACAAUGUACAAGAUGCAGAGUAACGUAUUACUGUGGAGUAGAGCACCAGCAAGCGGACUGGCUAGGGAUCCAUGAGAAGAUCUGUCAGCUCCUCAUCCCUCUCAGAACCACCCAGGUAUCUUUCCUCUCCUCGGAGGAGCAACGCAGGAAGCAGGAAGCCGAGAUGCUCGAGAGAAGGGAACACAUGAUAGAGCUCACCAGGACAACAGGCCAGAAGCUACUCUUUGAAGGCAAGCACGAGCAGGCGGUCCCAGCGGCUAUGCAAUCUCUUAGGUUCAGCAUUGACGUACACGGGCUGGAUAGCAUAGAAUUGGUUCCUUCGUACCUCAUUCUGGCUGAAGCAAGCAUUGGGCUUCACAAGCUCCAGCAAGCUGAGGAAUACCUUGCCCAAGCCCAGUGGACGGUGGUGAAGACGCCGGACGCCAGUCAUGCCAUGAAGUCCAAACUCUACCGCAACUGGGGACUGCUCUAUGCAGCAGAAGGCAACUACGAAGAAGCGCUCAGGAACCUGGCUGACGAUAUCUUCAAUGCUUCAGAGCAGUACGGCACGGACAACAUCGGAACCUCGGGCGGCUACUUUCACAUGGCCAACGUCUUCUUCCGUCAGAAUCACAUGGACGUUGCAGACUCCCUCUAUGGGCGGGUAACGGACAUCUGGCACACCCAUCUGUUGAGACUGGUGAGGGCGCGCACCCAUCGGGCGGAAACGCCAGCAGGGGUAGGAGCCGUGGCGGUGGAACUGAAGAAAGCUAAACCAGAGUCACUAGAUGAAGCGCAAGAAGCGGAAGCCAAUCAAGUCUUACAUUCCAUCCAUGACAUCCGAGAGCAAAGCAAUCCUCAAGAUCCGGUUACCAUGGCGCUGGUCUGCCACGCCCUUGGGAUGCUGUACUUCUUACUGGAAGAAUACUCAAGGGCAAGAGACCUCACGGAAAAAUGUCAAGCGCUGAUGGAGUCGUCCGGCGAAGAGGAUUCAGAGCUGAUGGGUCACGUGGCAAACUUCAGUCAGGCCUUGCAUGAAUUACCUAACCAGAAGGAGCAAGGCUUCCUUGCUGGUGGCUACUAAAACACCUUGACCUAUUCUAUUCCGACCUUGAAAUGAUGUUGGUGGGGGUGAUAAAUUCUUGUAACUCCGUCCGUUUCUGGCAUUUUUGUGUGACCAAUCAACUUCAAGCUAAGGACUUACUCUGUUUCUGACAUUUUUGUGACCAAUCAUCUUCUAGCUUAGGACCACUUGAUGUUCUGAUAAAACCAUGUAGUGCAAACCGAGGGUUCAGUGACACAAAGACACAACUCCAUAUUUUGACGGAAUGAAUAUUUGAUAUCAAAAUGUUCAGAAAAAUGUGGGCUUUCCAGAAAAAAAAAGACUUACCGGUAACUCCACCCAA